CAAGAUCUACUUUUCAAGGAGAUGACCUCCCACAAUCUAUCUUUUUGGGGGGUGGAGAAGGGCCUGAAAAGCUCAGCAGCGAUGUAUGUUGUGAGGUUCGGUGCUGAGGUGCUUUUUAGUUUUGCUGCACUUUGAGCUGUUGUUUGAGCAAAAUUAGGAUGUCAUUUGACCAGUGUUGUUAAUCUUACUGAAAAAAAGUAAUUCAUUAUAGUUACAAAUUACUUCUCCCAAAAACUAAUUGCGUUAGUAACUCAAUUACCUGAAUGUAAGAGUAAUUAGUUACUUGGCAAAGUAAUUGGUGAUAAUUACUUUUUUUUUUUCCCCUCAAAAAAAAAAAAAAAAAAACAUUGGCCACACUAUGUGAAGUUUUUUGUGAAGGUUUUUGGUACAAUUGGCCCGAGCCCAAUUCUUUACCCUAAUUUACCCUUUACCCUGGAUCAACUGUUAAAAGUUGUUAAAAUUGCUCCCAUUAUUGCAUUUCUUCCCUUCUCUCGACUUUCGACAUAUGAAAGUUUUAAAACUGUUUCAUCAUUUAAAGAUAGAUUCAAGUCAAGAUUUUGCCGAUUUAGAAGUAUUUUAGAUAAAAAGUUACUUAGGUUCGCUAGGAAGGUUCUCUACAACAGAGCCGUCCUAAAAAGUCUACUGCUUUAAGAUGGCGGCUGUCUACUAACGCAUUUAGUGCCAUGCAGUGUUGUUAAUUUUACUUUAAAAAAGUAAUUAAUUACAGUUACAAAUUACUUCUCCCAAAAAGUAAUUGCGUUAGUAACUCAGUUACCUGAAUGUAAGAGUAAUUAGUUACUUGGCAAAGUAACUAGUGAUAUUUUUUUUUUCCUCAAAAAAAAAAAAAAAAAAAAAAAAAAAAAACACAGGUCACACAAUGUGAAGCUUAAAGUGUUUGGGGGACAAUUGGCCCUAGCCCAAUUCUUUACCCUCCACUUAACUAGACACAAGGGUAUUGCGAUAACUAGCUAGUAACCUUUGCUAUGUGUGGAAGUCAUUUAAAGUUGUGAAUCAAUCGUUAAAGUUGUUAAAAUUUCUCCCGUUAUUGCAUUAGUUGCCUUCUGUCUACUUUAAACAUGUGUAAGUUUUAAAACUGUUUCAUCAUUUAAAGAUAGAUUUAAGUUAAGAUUUUGCCGAUUUAGGAGCAUUUUAGAUUUUAAAAAAUUACUUAGGUUCGCUAGGAAGGAUCUCUACAUCAGGGCCUUCCUGAGAGGUCUACUGCUUUAAGAUGGCGGCUGUUUACAAACGCAUGUUGUCCUUAAAACAUGUUGGCAGUGCAGCAGUGUCUGUCAUUUGCAUCUAGUUCUAUAAUAUAUCUACCAUGUCAUGUGGUCGUAGUUUGUCGGCUAUGGCUGCAGUCAGGUAUUAUUGGAGCCACCUAGCAUCGCGGUUGGAACGGCGUCUUCCCCACUCCUGCUCUGCUCUCGUCCCCACAAGAUGACGCACCACUGCACCAAGUUCUCCGGCCACUGGAAGAUCGUGGUUUUCGACGAGGAGUGUUUCCAGGGCCGGCGUCACGAGUUCACCUCGGACUGCGUCAACGUGAUGGACUUGGGCUUGGAGACGGUGCGCUCCUUGCGCGUGGAGAGCGGCGCCUGGGUGGGCUACGAGCACGCUUCCUUCCAGGGGCAGCAAUUUGUUCUGGAGCGGGGCGAGUACCCCCAGUGCGACGCCUUCGGUGGCAGCAACGCCUACCAUGUGGAGCGCUUGACCUCCUUCAGGCCCGUGGCCUGCGCGAACCACCGGGAGUGCCGCAUGACCAUCUUUGAGCGCGAGAAUUUCCUGGCUCGCAAGGGCGAGCUGAGCGACGACUACCCUUCCUUGCAAGCAAUGGGCUGGUGCAACAACGAGGUGGGAUCCCUCAAGGUCCAGUCUGGCGCCUUUGUGUGCUACCAGUACCCUGGUUACCGUGGUUACCAGUACAUCGUGGAGUGCGACCGCCACUGCGGCGAGUACAAACACUUCAAGGAGUUUGGCUCGCACUGCCAGACGCCGCAGAUCCAGUCCAUCAGGCGCAUCCAGCAGUAGUCGACGCGACCCGCCAAAAUGGCUUCUCCGUACCCCCCGCUCGGAAGAUGGCCGACCUCGGCCCGACCCUCCAUCGCAAUAAAAAUGUCUUUGUUAAACAUGACAACGCGGCUCUCGGAUGGUCAUUGACCAGAAUGAACGUGUCCUUGGCAAAUCUCUCAAUAAACUUUUUAUAACAUAUUUUUUUUCAAGAAAAUAUAAAAUGUCAACAGCACUCUCUCUCUCUCUCUCUCCCAAUGCAAAUUGCCCAAAAGUGCUUUCUUCCGUCCUUAACUCAUCAUGAAGCAACGUGUCACUAUCAAAUAAAAGAACAAUUAAAUGAAUGAAAUAUCAAAUGAAAUUGAAACAUAAAACUCAAACUUUGGUGUAGAAUUUUCUUUCAACAGAAUAACAGAACUCGCACAAUUUUCUAACAUCUCCGGGAGCGCAAGGUUGGCGGGGAGUCCUGUGGAGAGCGCACCAGGACGGGCCGACUGAGCCCCCGACGCUCGCUCGGGUCCCUGUACUGUCGGCGACAGAGUCAUUCCGGCACCCUCCUGUUUGGUUUAUAUAACCUUUGCCGAGUAUCCGGGCACUUUGCAACUUUGACCAAAACAAUCCAAGAUAUCGCUGUAGAAAUGCCGAUAGUAAAAAGGAUAUUGAGAAUCGAUACAGUGUACGAUCAACAGGACCGUGCAGAUACCAAUAGAGGGGCAGGUGCUCAUAGAUCAAAAGGGGCAAAUGAAUAUGAAUUUAAUAGACCUUACAACAACAUAACUUCAAGUUUAACCAGUAUUACAGCAUACUUGGCUGUGAAUAGCGAAUAGAAAUCAACACUGUCAUCAACACUUUCUGGCUGUGACUCAGUCAGUCUUUGCCUAUUUUCUUCUUUCAACCUCUAUAUCAAAACCUCAACUUGUUGUUUAUCUGAGAACAAACCACAUCAGAUGUUCACUGAGCCACCUUCAGCAGUUUUUUUCCAAAACUAUUAUUUUAUUAUUAUCCAUAUUUGACAACUAUAGCACCAAAUGAUUAAUAAAGUAAUUACAUAAAAUGUUAUAGAACAAUAACAUUGUAAUUGUGUGUAUAAUUGUUGGAUUUUAUACCUGAAUAUCUUUGCAAACUGUUAUUCUUACCUAUUGUGCUCUUCACCCAGCUGAUGAGGGAUCCACUGCCUUUAACAGCCUCAUCCAGCUCCUUUUUUUAUCCCUCAACCUUUCC